AUGGCAGGGAAGCGCCAGAGUUCUUAUUCGCAAGAAGGUCAGAUCCACAAUAGCGAACCGCACCUCGAUCAAACUCACUCACCACCAUCCCAGUCGCAUCUCCAGAAGUGUCCAGAAUACGCCGCGUGGAGGGCGGCAGGGAACGGUCAAGAAUUGGCUCCGCUGAAUCCCUACAACGCUGCUGGCAGAAGACUUCUCAGCGACUCUAAUAAAGGUCUUGUCUCAACAUCACGACUACGAUCGACGGUGGAUAUGAGCAAGUACUUUGACGAGUUCGUCGACGACAGUCCUGUUCACAAGUGCGUACGAGUCCGAUGCCAGAGCUGUGGCUUCGUCCGACCCAAGAACGCCACUUGGCAGGCAGAGCAUCUGAGCCAAUGCAAGGACUUUCUGUCCACCACUGAAGGAGAAGAGCUGUUGACGAGUGAUCAACAAUAUCAGAAUGCAGCCAUCUGGACUGGUGCAAGACCGAGCCCCGAUCUUCUGGUCAAUCGUUGUGGAACGGCGCCAGGUGGUUCUAGUCCUAGAGCACCACCACCGCUUGCUGAAGCGCCCUCGUUGGCUCAACAUCUGCUGGCUCAAGCUGAAGAUUUACUGACGAAUAGUACUCAACAUACCUUCUUGUCGCAUGCAGGUUGUGGAUUGCUGACCGCGAGCGCUCUCAAUCAAUGGCUGACGCAGAUCGGGUACAUCUCACGCUCGCUUGUCUCAUUCACCGGAGCAUUGAUAGGCAAGAUCCGCAUCCCCGAAAUCGACGACUUCGAACGCGACUCAACGUUCCGGUCUCUGGACUUGCUGUGCUCUGCGGUCAAUAAUGUGAAGAAGGAGUUGGAGUUUCUUGAAGCGACCAAGCGCAAGUACGGACUCGAGGUCAGCUUUGACGAACCGAAACCGCCCACCAAAGGCUUCGUCGAUUUGUUCAACAGUGCAUCAUGUCCGUCUGCAACAUUACUCGAGGGCAUGGUGAUGCUAUGGGCUAUCGAAACUCUCUUCCACAGCUCCUUCUCCUACGCGGCUAGAUUCGUCACUCGAACAGUGCCAGUCUCGCCACCAUUGCCACCAGGAGCACCUGCAGACCCAAACGGCGUCCAGCCAAAUCCAAAAGACGGCCACACCACCGCCCUCCGCGAGGCAUUCAUCGAAAACUGGAAAUCAGAAAACUUUGGCUGCUUCGUAGGCGCCUGCAGAUCCAUCGUCGACGAGCUCGCCAUGGUCCAGCCGCCAGGCAACGGCUUGGAUGAGAUGUCAGCCUGCGAACGCGUUUUCAAGCAAGCCGUCUGGCUGUGGGGUCAGAUGUUCCCUGAGGUCAUGGGCAUGGAAGAGCAGGAUGAGUUGGAUGGCGGGCAGAACAUCCGCGAGCGUAGAGACAGCGGCGCGAUAGUUGGAAACGGCCCGGUUGAUGUGCCUGUCGAGGUCGAUGAUGACCAUCAUGCGAUUGCUUCCGGUGAUUUUCUAUAG